GUUCUGUUGUUCUCACCGCUCAACGCUGUGCUGAACGCUCGUGGCAACUUGAGAGCCGAAGCCCCCGCACGGGUACUUUUCUGUAGACUUCACGUUGGUAGGGUUCUGGUUGAUGGCUUCAGAGUCGCAGCCUGGGUCUUGCAAGUACAGCCGGUGCUGGUCAAAUCAUGGCGAGAUGGAAAGAUGGAGUUACAGCACGUCUUGGAAGAUGCUGGUACGGUAGGUGGAAGAGGAUCGGUUGAGCCGUGAAUGGUGCAGGGUGGAUUCGGAGGGUGAGGCUGUUCAGGUUGGGAAGCCUUGGAGUAGGCACACCGAGUACCGUCUGCGAUGGAAGAAGGAGAUGAUCCAGUCCAUCAUGAUGUUAACAGAAGAAGGAAAGGUGAAUGAAUGAACUUGCUUUCACUUGCGGCUUCGCUGGCUGGUCCUCGAGAAAUCCUCCUGCGCGCAGUCUCUUCCUUUCGAUCAGCUGCCUGCGCUCUGUCCUGCGCCUUUACCACAGUUGCACACCUCAACUUCGCUUUCCCUACCUUCUACUGACCCUUGCAUUUGUAUUCCCGGCCUCAUAACGUGCUCUCACUAUCAUCAUGUGUUUCUCCUGCGGUAGAUGGCCGUGGGGCCAGCCUGUCCAGCUCGCCGCCGAGCCCGUCAAGCAAGAGUUCAUCUUCCUCGAGGAUAAUGUCGCUUUCUAUCCAGACAACCGCACAGGCAUCCACCCUCCAGCACCGGUCUAUCAAUCGAACCAACCUGCUCAGCAAAACAUGUACUACUUUGCUGGUAGCUCGAGCGCGCCGGCUGGCUACUAUGCCAACGGGAUCUACUAUGGAACAACACCUCCGGCUGCAGCACCUGCACCACAAGCAAUGCCGAUGCCGAUUCCAAUGCCUGCCCCGUCCCCAUGGGCCCAACCUCCAGGACCAGCACAGGCCGCCGCAGCUGUCGCCGCCAACGCCGUCCUCGCACAGAUGCCCAACGCCCCGGCAUACUUUGUUGGUGCCACCGCAGCAGAGAUCCAAGCUCAGAAUGCCAUCAUGUACGCCAACCUCGCAGCAUCUCAACAGCAGCCCCCAAGUCAGCUCGCACCGUACAAACCAGGCGCCAGCCCACAAUUCUGGUGCAAAGAGCUGGAUGGCAGUUGGACAUUGAGAGAGUACAACGACGCCUUGAAGGCCGACUUUCCUGCUGGACACUGGGAGAAGCAUGCCACUAGCGGAUACUACUAUUACGUUCGCCAUGCCGGUUGAGAAACCGCUACACUGAUGUCAUCGCGGCCGCAGACAGAUUGAGGCCGAAGAAAUGAGUGCCAAACCGUUCUACUUGGCGACGACAAAGUGCUGGUUGACAUGAUGUUUUGUUGGAGGGGAGAGUCAAUCCGGCCAGAUGCUUAGUUAGCGAAUACUCGGCACAUUAGAAUUGAGAGGAGAUUCUAUGGACGGUCGAGGUUGGUCUGAGUGGCGUGGCGAUUGGACGGAGCCACACCGCAGCAUGAGCUAACUCGUGCAGGAAGUGAAGUACUAGUACAGCGCUUUGCUCAGAUCAAAACACCAAUCCAGAAUUGUAUGUCCAGGUUAUGCUUCGCUGAGGAGAUCUAGAUGGUAGUAUUAUUUCUUUACAUUGCUCAUAGCACUCUCCAUCCACAGUUUCGUGUACAACUUAUG